AUGGAGUACAUAGAGGAAGAGUUUACGGGCCAUGACAGCUCAGGAACAUGGCUAACGGGCCUAGACGACAUAUUCCAAGAUGAUGAUGAGACACCUGGACAGUUACAUAAUCUCAUUAAGUCUCACAUUGAAGGAUUAGACAGGGUCACGGCCAAGAAGAAGCUGCUUGCAGCAAGCAUGAACAGUGAAGACAUACUGAAUCACACAAGAGAAGCUCUACUGAUAGUAGCAAGACGGGAAAGGUCAGACUGCCCACCAGGGAUAUUGAGGAGAAGAACAUACAGGGCGAAUGCCGAACCAGUCAUGAGCAGGUUAGCAGAAGACUGCUGUGCACUGUUUCAGUUUAUUGAAGGCGAGAAGAACGUGACAGAAAUCAAAAAGAUGUUCUCAGGCCAGCAAAUAUCCGGGUUUCAAAGCCCAGCAGUCACCAGGAGAAGAGGGCUGAGCAUGGCACAUGAUGGAGUAGAACAAGAUCAAGAUCAUGACGAAGUGGCAAGAAUUUUGACUGCAAACGCAAUACUUAGAGAAAGAUUGAAUGAGGAUGACAGAAUGAUAAAAGAGAGACUGAAGGGAGUGGAAAACAGAUUGAGGAACCAAGAGAACACCAUGUCAGACCUAAACAGCCAACAUGACAGUCAAACACAGGGUCUAUUAGAGGUGCUGGAGGAGGAGAUGAAGGAGUCGAAAGAGAAGAUUGAGAGCUUAAGCAACAAGUUAAGACGCUACGAAGUAGACAGAGAGGACAUUAUAGAGCACUGUGACAAGCACCUGAGUGGGAUACAUGAGGAAAUAGCAGCCACGAAAGGAUCACAUUUAGUGAUGACAGAAGAAAUAGAAGGUAUGAAAGGGAAGUGGAAGAAGGUUGAAACGGCACAAAUGAAAGUGCAAACAACAAUAGCAACGCACAGCAACAAAAUUAAUUCGGUGGAAACAGAGCUACAGAGUCUACAUGGCUCCUGCAAGAGAGCUGACAUAGAAAAAGAAACAAAAAUAAACAGGAUUACAACUUACGCUCACAAUUUGGCCCACUCACUUGAGGAAAGAUUAAAAGAACAAGAACUGGCCUUGUCAGCGACACACCGUAUGAUACAAGAAAUAAAAGAUCAACUCAAGACCAUGGGUGCAGUAGGCGACACGAGCAUCAAUGAACUGAAGAACAAGGAGAUCAAAUCCCCAAACCUGACUGAACAGCACGAGAGACAUAUACAGAGUCUGCAACAAGAGAUAGUACACUUAAAGGAAAUAAUCAAGGAACUAACCAAACAUCAUGAUGAGCAGGUAUCUAGCCUACAACAGGAAAUAGCACAUGUGAGAAAGGUUAGCAAAGCACAUGAAGUUACUAUGGAAAGGUUCACUGGAUCAAGAAACAUAACUCAGACCACCACAUACGUGUCAGAGAACUCUAGUAAAGCGCAUGAACCAAGAGAGAACCAACAAAGCCAUACCAACUUAAUACAUCUAGACACAACCCCAUGCAAACCAGUAAACGAGACACAUGGAGAGACAAGUGAGGCAAGUAACCAGGCCCAAGGAGGGACACAACAAGCAACAAAACAACAAAAGGGGAGAAGAAGCCAGCAGACUGAAGAGACAUCCUCAGAAAGCGAAACUGGUAAUGAUAUGAGUCAGUCACUGCUUUCACAAGGAGAAUGUAACAAAAAGUAUGCUGCUGAUAGUAAAACAGUUCAAGGGCUGGUAAGAAAACAGAGGUCCAUGGGAAGCUUAAUUAAGUCAAUACGGCUUGAGAGCACGAGCCCUACCAGUGUAAUAGGGCAUAGGACAACGAAGAGGUACUCAACACCAAGGAGGAAGAGCUACUCUUCAGAAGGGCAAGUCCUUAGUGGGCAGAGUAACCACAGCAGACGACAACAGACAACAGCCAUAGAAACCAACCACAGCCCACAGAUGCGAACAGAGAAGAACCAGCACAGGUCAUACAAAGAAGCAUUACUUCAAACGAGAGAGGGGUUGUCAAACCCAAGAAGCCCUUCACACAGAACUGCAAGCCCACACCUGCCUGGGCUAAGUCAUAACUACCACAAGCAGGGGAACCUCACUGAAGGGCGGAAUAACAAUGAAUCUCUGAACAAGAGUACAGAUCUAACAGACUUUGUAGGGGUGGAGAGACACAAAGUAAGAAGGAAAAGGUUCUUCUUGGGUUAUUUGAAGAAGACAGAUCCUAUGAGACUGCAGAACAUGAUAUAUAAGUUCGCACAGAACAAGGGCGUCCAGCUGAGUUUUGUAAGGAUCAUGGCGUCUAAACAGAAAGAUACGGCAUUCGCAAGAAUCAACGUCCCGGUGGAACAAGCCCACUUAGUAACCAGGGACAACUUCUGGCCCCAGGGAGUCAGAUGCAGGGCUUGGGUUUCAGAGACUUCUUAUAAAGUCUAUAUGCCAUACAGUGGCCUGGCGGUUGAAACCUACAGGGAACAUUUGGACAUUAUAACAGAAAUAUACAGAAAGUAUGAAAAUGAAGGAGAGGUAACACUUGUCGGAGACUUCAAUGCAGACAUUGGUGAGCAGAGAGGAAGAGAAUGGAGGCCCAGAGGCAGAGGGGAAGGGUCUAAGAGAGGAAGAGAACUUGAGAACACAAUGGAAGAAUUAGCUCUGUUUUCCCUCAACCUGAGCCAGCUGUGUAAAGGGCCUUUAUACACGUUCCAUGAUGCCAGUGGGAACCAUCGGUCAACAAUAGACCACAUACUCGUCCCAUACUCCCUUAUAGCAGAAACAGUCGCCUGUGAAGUGAUGGAAGAUCGCAGUCUCAACUUAUCUGACCACAACCCUGUGGUUGCCACAUUUACCAACAAGCCCAGGGAGUGGGAGGAAGCUAUGCCCAGAGCAAAGCCCAGGUGGCAUAAAGCUGACCAAGAGGAGAAAGAGAUGUAUAGAAGGAGAGUGAAGGAGAGGCUGGGAGCAAGUAGAGCUCCAACUAUGAUGUCAACAGAAGACAUAGAUAAUGAGCUCAGGACAAUCACAACAAUACUGAUAAGAACAGCCGAGGAAGUGAUGCCUCCGAAAGAAAGAAAGAAACACCAGAAACCUUAUUGGACACCAGAUCUGACAGAAGUGCACCAACAAGAAGUGGAAGCAUGGCUCCAGUGGAAAGAAGGCGGAAACCGAGGAAAAGACAACCAGUUGUACAGGGCAUAUAAAGAGAGCAAAAACAGGCUCGGGACAGAACUGAGAGAAGCAAAGAAUGCUGCAUGA